CAACCAACUUUGCAACUCUGGGCAACCAUCCUUCAUGGGAGUUGAACCUCAUCUUCACCAAUCCUCUGCUGUCCACCCUGGGCAGAAAUGGCCCCUUGCUGUCGACGCGCGGGCCAAUCGGGCCAUUUCGAGCAGCUGCCUCGGUACGCAAUAGCUAUAAGCAGUCCACCGCCUCGAUCGCCUAUCAUUGGCGAAGUCUCCUAUUGCUACUGCUGCUGGUGAACGGAAUGGCAGUGAAUCGCGCCGCGUGGUGCGUCGCGUUGGUGUUCUGUACGCUGCCGCCUGCCCUACACGCUGCUGGCAAGCCGUUGAGUAUCCCUCCAAGCCAAAACUGGGAGGGCAAAGACGGGCCCUGGAGCACAUUUCGCGCCGAAGUGGGUACCCCAUCGCAACAGAUUCGCCUACUUCCUGCCCAUGACCAAUCUUCAACAUGGACCAUUCUGUCCGAGGCAUGUGCUGCCAAUGACGGUGAGUGCGGCGAGUCACGCGGUCGAAUCUUUCACCGUGAUGAUUCUACCACUUGGGAGAAGUUUGGAACCUACGACACCAAACCAGUGCUCGAAGAAAGAGUCGGCUUAAAGGCCCCGGGCCUGUUUGGAUGGGACGACCUCACUCUGGGCUGGGUUGGCGACAACCUACCCACUAUCAAGAACCAGAGCGUUGUGGGAAUCACGUCCAAUGAUUUCUGGAUUGGGUCACUGCCGCUGAAUCCACGGCCCAUCAAUUUUACAAACUACAAUAAUCCCAUUCCCAGUCUCAUGGAGAACCUGUGGAAGAAGACUGAGGACCCAAUCCCUAGCCUCAGUUGGUCCUACACAGCAGGUGCAUAUAACCUGGCUCCCAAAGUCCUCGGCAGCUUGGUCUUGGGUGGCUACGACACCACCCGAUUCCGCCCAAACUCAAUAUCCUUCCCCUUUGGCCAAGACCAGUCACUCGACUUCCAGGUUGCCAUCCAGAGCAUCACAUCCAGCAUGGAGAGUGCAUCCCUUCUCGACCGCAAAGAUGCCAUCAUCGCCUACAUCAGCACCAUGGUGGCCGAUAUCUGGCUUCCAAUUAAUGUCUGCGAGAAGUUUGAGAAAGCUUUCGGUCUCACUUGGGACAGCAAAGCUGAGCUCUAUCUGAUGAAUUCGAGCUUACACCAGUCCCUUUUGGCCAAAGACCCUACAGUACGCUUCACCGUUGGUCCAGAGACCUCAGGCGGCGCUGUGACGAUUGAAAUGCCAUAUUGGAACUUCUACCACACAUCAAAAGUCAAUGCGACCAGCUCCUCGACGGACCAGAUGUACUUCCCUCUUAAACGCGCCGCAAAUGACACUCAGUAUAUUCUUGGUCGAACUUUUCUUCAAAGUGUUCACAUGUCCGUCGAUUACCACCGCCAAUCUUUCAACCUGUCCCAGGCUCUCUACCCGUCAUCUUCAACCGAGCAGGUCAUAGUCGCCGUCGACCCCCCUCCCGGACAAGAAACCCCAGGCGCUGGUGCGGAUGGCGGCCCUGCCGACGGCGGUGACAGGAGCCUUCAACCCAGUUCGGGCGGUCUGAGUACUGGCGCUAUCGCAGGAAUCGCUGUUGGUAUUGCCAUUGUGGCAGGGGUGCUCGCCGCCGUGGUUUUCAUGAUGUACCGCCGCCGCCGCCAAAGCAAGGCGCCUGCCAAAUCGUCAGAACCCAGUGUUCAAGACCAUCUACAACACGAGGUAUCCGGCGAACAACUGAAGGUGGAAGCAGGCGAUGGUCAUUUUCACGAAGUUGCGGGUGACACGAGCUUCAUGCCAGAACUCGGCGCUCACGAUAAAUACAACAAACUGGCCGAAGCAGAGGGCAACGCAUAUCGCAUCCAUGAAAUGCCUGGAGAUAAUACCAAUCCCGCUGAGAUGUCUGACCAUGGGAGGAAACUUGCUGAAAUGUCUGGUGAAACUCGGAAGAUCUCCGAAAUGCCCGGGGAUACUAGGAAGCCAGCAGAAAUGUCAGCAGAUGCGCCACAGACGGAUCAAAAGCACUACCCAGACUUUCACGGUUCCUGAGAAAAAUCAGGUGCUGGAUGCAAUUGGACCCAAACCAUGACAUGGCUAAGGUACUGGCCGAGAAGAAGCUCAGCUGCGAUGGCUACAGGGACGCGCAAAUCACGGGCCACAGGAAGACUGGAAACAGCUUUGAUAUCAGCACAAUGUACACGCAGGGCACGCGCAAUAGAACAUCCUAUUCAGCGUAUGGACGAGUGCCUUUCAAAGAUUACAAGACUCAGGACCCACGAUCGCAUUGAUCUAUAGAAGAGUAGCAUGGAGAGAGGGUGCUGCAGACACUUGCGUGCGAUGCAGCAGCUUCAGAAGGAGUUGCAUCCAUCUGCCCACGCCUCACUCUCAAAAAAAAAAAAAAAAAAAAAAAGUUCAAACUCAACCCAAUACUUCGAGUCUCCAUCCAUUCUUUUGCGGUGACAAAAAACUAAUCACGGUAAACGUGGUAGAAACUACUCUAAUCCGUGUAAAGCCCCCAACUCAACCUCCUCCCGUCGCAUUGCCCUAUGCUCCCCUCGUUGAGUGGAGGCUCGAUCUUACCAUCCUGGUGUUUGUUGUUGCACAGCCUUAGAUGCGCACUGCGCGAAAUGGAACAGAUAAUAUGGCCUCGUUUGCGCUCCGAGAAGUCGCCUUGAAUCGCGUCACCCAAGGGGGAGUUAAUGUCGUUGAUCCUUACAUGCGUCGAUACACGCUUUAAAGGUCGCGUCGGCGCGUUUAAAUGGUUCGACGGCUAUGGCGUUUUAGCCCUCUUAGGCUGAGGCGACGGUCGUAACGUGGGAGAGCUUUGUAGUUGCCCUGCUUACAGAACCACGGACCACAAGUUAGUCUCUAAAGGGCUAUUUAUUCGAAGGUCGUUUAAGCAAUGACAGCGGAAUAUAUUUUUUUUGUUGGGGAAAGCGUUCAGCUCAAACUUCACAUACUCCUGAUAUCCAAAUAUGCGAGCAGACUUCGAAUGGAGACCUGUACGUCCCAACAGAUUGUCACCACUCUAACAGGUUCACACUAAACCAACCCAACUUAACUACAUAUGUACCGACUGGACAGCACGUUUCUCUCUCUUUACCUACGCGCGCAUUGCGUUCUCUCUCAAACACACACAUACCCCUACUCAUCAAAAGCAACAUGCCACAUCCCUCAACCAAGACACCAGCAAGAUUCUAC